AGCCCGGAGCAGGGGAGGGGUCUCCCCCGGCCCGGGAUGGAGGGGCUCGGCCCCAACAGGAGUGACGUCCCGCUGGGCUCCAUCCGCAUCCCCGCCAACGACAGUGUUGGGAACGCCAGCUACGACCCCCCGCGCCAGGCGGCCCCCGGCAGGACCCCCAAAGAACUGGAACUGACAGUGAGGAUCCUUCUCUACGUGGUCAUCUUCACGCUGAGCGUGGGGGGAAACCUCCUGAUCAUCACGGUGCUGGGGCUGAGCCGAAGGCUUCGCACGGUCACCAACGCCUUCCUGCUCUCGCUGGCCGUCAGCGACCUGCUCCUGGCCAUCUGCUGCAUGCCCUUCACCCUGCUGCCCAACCUCAUGGGCUCCUUCGUCUUCGGCUCCGGCGUCUGCAAGGCCGUCGCCUACCUCAUGGGGGUGUCGGUCAGCGUGUCCACCUUCAGCCUGGUGGCCAUCGCCCUGGAGCGCUACAGUGCUAUCUGCAGGCCGCUGCAGGCUCGCGUGUGGCAGACUCGCUCCCACGCCAUCCGGGUCAUCGCCGCCACCUGGCUCCUGGCCGCCCUGCUCAUGCUGCCCUACCCCAUCUACAGUGCCAUCCGGCCCUUCGGGCCCCGCGUCCUCCAGUGCAGCCACAUGUGGCCCAGCACACGCUUCAAGCAAGCCUGGGCCGUGCUGCUCCUGCUCCUCCUUUUCUUCAUCCCCGGGGUGGUGAUGGCUGUGGCCUACGGGCUCAUCUCCCGUGAGCUCUACCUAAGCAUGCGCUUCGAGGCCGAGCUGCAGCAGAGUCCGGGAAAAGCUCCCAAGAACGGGGUGGGGCCCAGCCCUGGUCCUUCCCCAGCCUGCGACGAAGGAGACGGGUGCUACCUGCAGCUCUCGAAGCCGCGCCAGGCCAUGGAGCUGUCCGCCCUGACCCCCAGCCGCGCCCCCGCCCCUCCGGACCGGGCCCGCACCAGCCCUUCGGAAGCCAAGCUGGUGGCCAAGAAGCGGGUGAUCCGCAUGCUGCUGGUCAUCGUGGCGCUCUUCUUCCUGUGCUGGCUGCCCCUGUACACUGCCAACACCUGGCGGGCCUUCGACCCCGACGGGGCGCACGGAGCCCUGUCCGGCACCCCCAUCUCCUUCAUCCACCUGCUCAGCUACACCUCCGCCUGCGUCAACCCGCUCGUCUACUGCUUCAUGAACCGCCGGUUCCGCCAAGCCUGCCUGGCCACCUGCACCCGCUGCCGUCCCCGGCCGGCCCGCCCCCGGCCUCGCCCGCUGCCCGAGGAUGACCCGCACACGGCCACCACCCUCUCCAGGCUCAGCUACACCACGCUGCAGGGAGUGAAUUCAAACCCCAUCGGCUGAGCCCCAGGCCUCCGAGAAGAUGGGAAGAGAGGAAUUCCACCAGGGAAAAUGCUGGGAAGCCCAGACGGUCUGAAGUUGGAAGUCGGAAUAAACGAGUCUGGUGUUUGUUU